UUGCCCGCGAUUCAGCGUGGGGUCUGGCCAUACGAUCGGAAUUGGACCCCCCCUUUCCCCCGACCUCAUUUUUAAUUAUCAUAUUUAUAUUGUCUAACUAUAUUUAUUAUUUAUUUUUUAAAUUUUUUAUUUACUUAAAAGGAGAAUCAAAAAUAAAUAUAUUUGUUUAAAAUUAUUUUUAUUUUAUCAUGUUAAAUUUAUAAUUAUUUAUAAAUAAUAAAAAUGGUUAAUUAAUUGUUAUUGUUAUUUUUGUAUUUUUAAAUUUGUUUUUAAAUUUUUUUUUUCAUUUUUAUUGGCAACGAUUAUUUAUUAAAGUGAAAUGUGAUUUGACAUUUACAUCUUAAUAUUUGGCACUUAUCAUCACGAUGGAGUUAUCAAAACGACAAAAUAAAAAAACGACAAUAAUUUAGAAAAAAAAAAGAAGACUGACUUAAAAUGAGUUGAAAAAAUAAAUAAAUCCAAUAAAGGACAAUAAUAUUUAUAAAACAAACAACAUGAAAAUCUUAAAAAUAAAAAUAAAUUAACUAAUAUAUUUUAUUUAAAAUAAAUAAAACAAUCAGCUUUUAAAAAUGUUGUUGAAAUAAAAGCCAACGGCAAUUAAAACUACUUGAAAGAAAAUUUAAAAAACUCUUCAAUAAGUUUUAAAAGUACAUUGAAAAGAGCUUAAAUUUCAAUGACAAAAUAAUAAAUAUGGCUAACUAAUAAAAAAAAAAAAUAAAAAACAAACAUAAAUCAAAUUUAAAAAGUGGCAUCAACAGUGAGAGAGGUCAAGGAGGAAAGAAGCUAUGUCUCUGCAUCAUAAAUAUUACGUGACAACUGUACCCGACGACGUCGAAAACGGUUUCAAAAUGCCAAGAGCAUCAGUCGUCCAGAUUGCAGCUAGACCACGUCAUCGAUCAUCCAUGCUGGCAACAUUGGCAUUAUCAAUGGGAACAUUGUCAUGUGGCUUAGCAAAAGGUUAUACAUCACCAGCAUCAGACUCAAUUCUUCACAAUGAUUCAAGUCUUAUUGGCAAUCACAGUCGGUGGGCGUUUACAGCAAAAGAACAAGAUAUGUCAUGGGUAGCAUCAUUAUCAAUGUUAGGUGCAGGCUGUGGUGCAUUGAUUGGUGAUUGGAUAAUGCGACGUGGAAGAAAACUUGCAUUACAGUUGACAUCAUUGCCUCUGGCUGCAGCAUGGAUUCUCACUGGUUUUGCACCAUGCAUUGAACUUGUAUUUGUAACAAGUUUCAUCGGGGGUCUUUGCAGUGCAUUAAUAACAAUGGUUGCACAGGUUUAUAUAUCAGAAAUUUCAUUGCCUGGAAUACGUGGUUGUUUAUCUGGUAUGUUAAAAAUGGUUGGACAUAUUGGUAUACUAUUUUCAACAAUUGCUGGAUCAUAUUUAAAUUGGCGACAAUCAGCUCUUGUUGUUGCAACAGCACCAGCAAUGUUAUUUAUUGGUACAUUAUUUAUACCAGAAACACCAUCAUAUCUUGUUCUAAAUGGCAGAGACAGUGAAGCAGCAUUAAGUUUAAUGUGGCUACGUGGUACACAUGACAUUAUACCUGAAUUACAAAUUAUUAAAAAAAAUGUACUUGCAUCAAGAGCUAAACAAUAUGAGUUAACAUUUCGUGAUAGUGUUGUUACAUCAAGGCUAUAUAAACCAAUUGCAAUAACAUGUGGUCUAAUGUUUUUUCAACGUUUUUCUGGUGCUAAUGCAUUUAUAUAUUAUGCCGUAACAAUAUUCAAAGAAACACUCAGUGUUAUGAGUCCACAUAAUGCUGCAAUUGCAAUUGCAUUUGCCAAUUUAUUAUCAUCAAUGUUAUCAGGUUUUUUGAUUGACAUUGUUGGUAGACUACCAUUACUAAUUGCCAGUUCAGUUUUCAUGUCAAUGGCUUUGGCUUGUUUUGGAAGUUAUUCAUAUUAUCAUUCAAUGACAUCACCAUCAUCACUUGGCCAAUAUGAUUGGAUACCAUUGACAUGUGUUCUAGUAUUUACAACAGCACUUGCACUUGGUAUAUCACCAAUAUCAUGGCUAUUAAUUGGUGAAUUAUUUCCACUUGAAUAUCGUGGUCUUGGCUCAAGUAUUAGCACAAGUUUUAGUUAUUUUUGUGCAUUUAUUGGCAUUAAGCUAUUCACAGAUUUUAAACAGGUUUUGGGCUUACAUGGUGCAUUUUGGUUUUAUGCAGUUGUUGCAAUUUGUGGACUGUGUUUUGUUGUAUGCUGUGUUCCAGAAACAAAGGGUAAACAACUCGACGAAAUGAAUCCAAAUUAUGGACAAACACGGUAGUACAAGGCCUCCCUCACUGGAGGGCUAUCAAAUUUGGAAAAAAUUAAUAAACCAUUACCAAGUGGUGCAUAUCCAAAUCAACAUGAUACACGUGAUUUGUAUGAUAUUAAUUUACAAUUUAAUAAUAAUUAUUAUCAACAACAACAACAACCACAAGGUGAAGAAAAUAAUAUCACAAAAUAUUUGAGAAUUUUAUUUAAAUCAAGGGCGAAUAAUCAUGAUGAUAGAAUGAAAAAUUAUUGUGGUAUUGUUGUUGAUAAAACAAGUAAAUUAACUCGUCAAUUUGGUAAUUUUAUCAAUACACAUAAUUUUUUAAAACAAAGAAAUGAACAACGACAAGAUAUCGAAUUACGUCGUCUCACUAAAAAUUUUGAUAAAUAUAAUAAUUAUAAAUUUUCAAAUAUUGAUUAUAAUUUUGGUUUAAAUUAUAAUUAUUAUCAAUCAAAACCAGAAUUAAUUGAAUUAUAUUCAAAUUUAAAUGAUAAAAAAAUUUAUGAUUUAAAUUAUAGUCAAUUUGAUCGUAGAAAAUAUUCGGAAUUUUAUGAUUGUGAUAAUUUGAAUAAUUAUAAAUUUAAUUUACAUAAAAGUAUUGAUGAUUUAAGUGAUAUUGAUAUUGAUAGAAUACUUGAAAGAGACACGACAUUUCAUUUGCCAAUUAGAACAUUUACAAGUCAUGAAACUAUUUAUGAAAGAUAUAAAAGAUUUCGUCAAGAUUUUGGUGAUGAUAGAGAUGAUAAUUAUGUUAGGCUUUAUCAAAGUUUAUCAAAGCUUGAUCAACUUUUACCAAAACAAAAAUAUGCACCUGGUAAAGUUCAUUAUGAACGAGAGUAUCGAAUUUAUGGCAGAGACACUGUCGCAUUAAUUUACUAUAAAACAUGUUAUUUGUGAUUAUUUUUUAAUUUUUUUCAUUUCAUUUAGUUUGUUGUUGUUUAUAUUUUUUUUUAAAUUAAAGCGUUGAUUUUUAAAUGCUGGACAUUUAAAUUGACUCAAAUUUCGCUAAACAAUCUCGUCCAUUUUUAUUUAAUUUUUUUUUUUCAUUUAUAAUCAAUUGGUGUUGAGAAAACAAAAAUUUAAAAAGGCAGAACUUCCAUACAUCGUGCCUUUUAAUAUUCAAAUGAUAAUAAUAAAAAAAGAAAAUAGAUUUCGAAAUAAUAAUUUAAUGAAAAUGAGACAAUAUUUCUAUGGAGUUUUAUGGGGGCAAUUAGUGUAAAUCAAAUAAAUUUAUAAAAUUCGAUUGUGACAGAAUUUCAUUGAUUUCAAUGGCAUGUUUAAUCGAUGCGGGCCGAUGACUUAAUUAAAUGACAAUAUCAACAUAUACAUAUUAAUAAAUAAUAAUUAAAUAUUAACAAAAAAAUUAAUAUCACUAUCUUUCGUAUAAAUUUUAGAUAUGAAUUUUAAAAAACAACAAAAAAAAUCAUGUAAAUUUGUCUUGAUAUUACUAAUCAUUGUAAUAAUAAAAAAAAACAAUUAUUAUUAAUUAUUAAUUAGAAUUAUUCUAGAAUAAUGAAAAGGCAAAUUAACAAAAUAAAUUAUAAACCAUCGACAAUACUGAUCAUUGCCAAAUUAAAAUUUUAAAAUAAACCCAGAUGUAAUUUUUAAAAAUGAAAUUAACAUUAAAAGGUAAUCUUAGUUAAUUAGAUAUGAAAAUAAUAUUAAUUAUAUUUUUUAAACAAUGACAUUAUUUUAAAAUUGUAUUUUCAUUUUUUUCUUAGAUGAAACACAAAACAAUGUGACAAUACUUAAACUAUUUAACUUUUAUAAACGAAAAAAUAAAAAUAUAUUUUUACUUAUUAAUUUUAAUUGUAAAAAAAAAUAAUUAUUGUUAAUUAUUAAUUUGUAUUAUAAAAAAAAAAAACUAUUUUUAAUUAUUCAUUUGAAAAUUAUUUUUCGUUAUUUAUUUUAAUUAUUAGGACUCAUUUUAAUUGUGAAAAAAAAUUAUUUUUCAUUUAUUUUUUAAAACUGCCAUUAGAUAAUUUAUUUAUUUUUUUUUUUUUUUUACGAAAAUUAAUUAUUAUUUUCAUAUCAUCAUUAUAAAAUGACAAAUAAUUAAUUAAUAAAAAAUUCCGUAUAGUCAAGUACUUAGAAUAAAUAAUUAAAAAUCAAUUGGAAAUUUAAAAAAUAAAUUUUAAUCUUGAAUUAAUUUUUACCUAUUUAUAAAAAUAUGUCAAACACAAUGCUCAAGAGCUCAAAUGACAAUACAAAAAAAAAAUAAUAAUAUUUAUCCUGCAGUGUUUUGAAUGAGUAAUGUAAAAUAAAAUAUAAAAAUUGUCUUUCUUUUUUUUUUGUUUAAAUAAUCUUUCAUUCUCAUGACAUUGCGUCCAAAACCUUCGACCCAUUUUAUUUUUGUUGAAUUUUUUUUAACCAAAAUUUUGCCCAAGGCACUACGUUUGCAAAUGAAAAACUUGCAUUUUCAUAAAUAAUAUUUUAGCAACUUGAACAUAAUAAUAAAAAUAAUUAAAGUGACAAAUUAUAAAAGAAAAAAAUUCAUUUUAAACUGCACUGUGCACUUUUGCGAAUUGAAAAUUUAGAAAGCUAUCAAUGCAGAUCAAAAAAAUUGAUCAGUGUUAAUUUAAAAAUAUAAAUUAAAAUAAAGAAAAAUAUAUCAAAAAAUAUAUAAUGCUUGUUAAUCAAAACAACAAGUCUAUAAAUAAAUCUAUAAACUGUACAAUAAAUUAACGAAUUAAUUGUCAACUUGACAAACGAAUUACUAUUUUUUUUUAAACAAAUACAUAAAUAUUUAUGGAAUAUUGGAAACUCAAUUUUGCAAUUUUACAAUUGGGUUAUUAAUUCAAGAAAAAAAUAUAUAUUUAUUAGGGGAACAACCCUAAUUAAUUUUAAGCUACUCUGACAAUAAAAUAUAUUUAAAAAAAAGGAUAUUUAACAAAAGAAAAAAUAUUUAUUGAAUAAAAUUGAGAUAAAUAAAUUAUUAAAGGAAAAAACUAUUACAACUUAUUUUUCUCAUUAUUUUAAAUAACAAAUAUUCAAACUAAAAAUAUAUUCAAGUGCUGAGCAUUUAAUUUAACGUGUGAUUGAAAAUUAAAAAUUUAUUAAAAUCUUUUAAAUUCAUUAAAUUAAUUUUAUUCAAAAUUUCAAAGAAAAAUUAUCAAUAGAUUUGCGCUUUAAUAGUUUUAAUAUUUUUGUAAUAACGCAUAGAAUUUAAAAACCUUUUAAAAUAUUUAUAAAAAAUAUUUUUCAUUUCAUUAUUUAAUUAAAAAAAAUUUAAAAUACAAUUUCAAUUUCUUCCACUUGAUUUAUCAUUGAUAAAAAAAAAUGCAUAUUGAUUUAUUUAAAAUUGCAUUUGACAAUAAAGUUAAAAUCAAUUUAAAAAAAUUUACAUCAAAAAUUGUUUUUUAAAAAAAAAAUGAAAACCGAAACACCAAAAUUAAAUAUAUAUCUUCCGUAAUUUUUUAGCACAAAAUAAAGUAGUACCGCCGGUCUAUAGAAUUGUAUAAUAAUAAAUAUUUAUUUAUUAAAAAAAAAAAAACAAACAAUCCUAAAUAAAUAAACAAAUAUGUAAAAAAAAAAAAAGGAAAAUAAAAAA